CCAGCCGGCUCCCGCGUUGUGCUGUUCGCUGAGCCGGUUCAUGGUCUUCGCUGGCUGCUUUAUUCUGUCAUUACAUCGCUUCUGAUUCAACCCCGGUACAGUUGUAUUUAAAGUAGUAAAAAUAUUUCGGGGACCCAGAGCAUAGAAUUCGUGUGACAAGUGGAUUGCCGCAUUCGUUGACAAGGGCGAUGGCUUGCGGUGAUGUGAAGCAGCUGGUGGACCAGCUUCUUUCUACGUCCAUCACAGAUUCAAAAGAGGUUAGCUUUAAAGACAAAGCCCUAAAGUUGGACACCGAAAAGGAUGCGAGCGUUGUUGUGGAAGCAAUAACACGCUGCCCCAAGUUGGAAAUGCUUUGUCUGGAGGGCAACACGUUGGGUGUUGAUGCCGCAAAGGCAAUCGGCAAAGCGUUGGAAUCCUGUCCAAACCUGAAGAGAGCUUUAUGGAAAGACCUAUUUACGGGCCGUCUCCGGACUGAAAUACCAGAUGCUGUUAGGUUUCUGAGCUCCGGUAUGCUACUAGCAAAGGCAAAAUUGACGGAACUUGACCUGAGUGACAAUGCGUUUGGACCGAUCGGUGCUGGGGCACUGUUGCCUCUCCUAAGCUCACCGGUCUGCUUCCAUCUUGAGGUUCUGCGGUUGAACAACAAUGGACUUGGUACAGGGGGUGCCGAGUUUUUGGCGAAGGCCCUGACAAAAUGUAUUGAGGACAGCACGAAGGCCGGCAAGCCUCUUGCUCUGCGGACCUUAGUUUGUGGCCGUAACAGGUUGGAGAAUCCUGGAGCAAUCGCCAUGGGUGCCGUUUUCGGGAAAUUGCACACAUUGGAAGAGGUGGCCUUAUUUCAGAAUGGCAUCUACCACGAAGGGAUUGCCGCCUUGGCCAAGGGUUUAAUGUCAAACAAAAACCUUCGCAUACUAGACCUCAACGAUAACACGUUCACAAUGAAAGGGGCCCGGCAUAUGGCACAGGCACUGCGUCACCUUGAGAACCUUGAAAAUAUCAACUUCGGUGACUGCUUGUUGAAAACGGCUGGGGCUAAGGAAAUCGCUAAUUCCUUGAAAGAUGGUCAUAACGCGCUGAAGAACGUGAAUCUGGGCAACAAUGAAAUCACACUUGAUGGAGGCCUUGCAAUUGUGGAGGCCCUCAAGGGGAAGCCAGAUUUGGAAACGCUUGAACUUGAUGGUAAUAAGUUCGGCCCUGAAGGAGUGAACACGCUGGAGGCCGUUAUGGAGGCAGUGGGCAAGAUCGAAGCGCUGUGUGCCUUCAGUGAUGACGAAGGUGUCGACGAUGAAGAGGAGGAGGACGACGAAGAAGAAGGCCGCGAAGAAGAGGGUGACAGCCCUGUAAAAGGCAGAUUUGAGAAGGAGUACAUCGAGGCUGGCUGCAGUGCCGAGGAGUUCCUGUUGUCCCCGACAGCAGCCAAGCUGGCGCAGCUUGGCAGUCAUCGUGCACAGAAUUUGCUUCGAGAGGUUGAAUCGACUGCAAGUGGCACUGACCUUAUUCGUAGCUAUGUAACAGCCUUCAUGAAAGUGGCGUCGGUGCUGGGCAGUGGUGAAGAAGGUGACUCGGGAAAACGCUUUGCCGUGGACUGUGCAGACUCGCUGCUCUCUGCUGCCUUCGGUCUUGCCAAAAAGGAGAACCAAUUACCGGGGCUUACUAACGAAAUCGUAGUAAACCUGGGUCUGAUUAAGGCUGAGAAGGACCAUAAGGUGAGCUGGCCGGCAUCGACAACAGAAGGUGCCAUGGUCCUACUCGCUGAGCUGGUGCCAAAAGAAUACUUUGCCAGCACUGCGCGGGAGGCCCUCCAAGCAUUCUUGUCAAAGCCUGUAGCAGCCAAACAGCUGCUUAGGAGGGUCUGCAGCCAAGACACGGCACCGGUUGAUGCAGGUCUUGUACCAGCCAUGACAAAGAACACUCGGUGCCACGGGAGACGUCUCACCAUUGAUCACCUCCAUCAUCAGACCCUGCUCAGCUUCACUCCCGCCUCAUCAUUGCUGUAGCAGUCCGUGCAGUGAAGCUUUGUGUUGCGAACACGUACGUCUGUCCCACACAGGCCAUUGCCCAGCGGUGCUUGGCAUACACAGCAUCGAAAGCAGGCAAGAUGGUACAGCAGCUGAAGGCUCUCUAUAACCAUGGCGGCACCAGUGACCUGCAAAUCAACCAAAAAAUCCAAAGUCGGCUAAAAACUUCAUGAGGAAAUCGGCAUUAGCUGCCUCUCCUUUUAUUUGCUUUGAUCUAUGCUAUCACUAAAGCUUUUCUAGGAGUUCUUGCAGUAAAACACUCUUCAGGCAGUGCUUUGAAACUCCCAGUGUAUGAACAAAAUUCCCCGUAAAAACAGAACCGUAGAUGAGCUUUUAUGAGGAAACUUUAGCUCAAAAUUUCUCUAUAUUUUGACGCAGAAAUACAGACGGAUCUCGAUAACUCGAA